GCAGCGUAGAAAAUUAUAUCUCUCAUUAUUUUAAUUUUUUGGAAUUGAAAACAGCUGAAAAAAUGACAGGGUAUUGGAUAAUGGAAGCAAAUUGAAGUUAGAAGUGUGUGAUUUCUGAUGUACUAUAGUUUUAACCGAAUCCCAGAGUUGGGUGUGCUUAAAAUCAGUGGGUUGAGUGGUAGCGUUGUACGAUGGCGGAAAGACCGGCGGCUGCUCCACCUGGAACUGGUUAUCGGGAAUUCAAUGGAAGAACCGAAUUUCGUUCUAACACGGUGCACGGUGUCUUAGCUAUUGCUAUGUGGCUUGGAGCUAUUCAUUUCAACUUCUUUUUGCUCCUUUUCUCCUUUCUAUUCCUCCCUUUUCCCAAACUCAUUAUGGUGUUGGGAUUGCUUUCCUUUUUCACGUUUCUUCCUAUCGAUCCUCACAGUAAAAUUGGCCGUAGGUUGGCCAGGUAUAUAUGUAAGCAUCUUUGCAGCUAUUUUCCCAUUACUCUAUACGUUGAGGACAUUCACGUCUUCCAUCCUGAUCGUGCUUACGUUUUUGGUUAUGAACCACAUUCGGUUUUGCCAAUUGGGGUUGCCACGCUGGCUGACCUCGCAGGUUUCAUGCCUCUUCCCAAAAUGAAAGUCCUUGCAAGCAGCGCCGUAUUCUACACUCCGUUUUUGAGGCAUAUAUGGACAUGGUUAGGUGUCUCACCUGCAACAAAAACAAUGUUUUCUUCACUAUUGGAAGCUGGUUAUAGUUGUAUUAUAGUGCCUGGUGGACUGCAAGAGACAUUCUUCAUGGAGCAUGGUUCUGAGGUUGCAUUCCUUAAGGCACGAAAAGGAUUUGUUCGGAUUGCCAUGGAAAAGGGGUGUCCACUGGUUCCAGUUUUCUGCUUUGGUCAGUCACAUGUCUACAAGUGGUGGAAGCCAAGUGGGAAGUUCUAUCUGCAAUUUUCCAGAGCUAUCAAGUUCAUUCCCUUAUUGUUUUGGGGAAUUUUUGGAUCUCCUUUACCCUAUCAACAUUCAAUGCAUGUGGUGGUGGGUAAACCUAUUUACUUGAAGAAAAAUCCCCAACCUACUGUGGAAAAGGUCCUGGAAACACAUGACCAAUAUGUUAAAGCACUUCAAGAUCUCUUUGAAAGACACAAAGCUCGGGUCGGAUAUGCUGAUCUUCCAUUAAAGAUUCUUUGAUUUCAACUUAGUUCGGAUUUGGGUCUUAUUCUAUUUGUCAAUCUCCUAUAUUAUCAUACUCAGCUGCAAUGUUCUAGAAAAAGUACCCAAACAACUGGCUUGGAGAUACUGAAUAAAACAUAGUUAAGGUUACUUGCAUUAACCAGUGAAUGUUAAUGGACUCAGUAGGCAUUUUUUUUUCAUGGCAUGGUCGUUUGUAAGCCAUUGAUGCUAUUUCUCUUGUUGCUUCUCAUUAAUUACACUGAUCCCAAACAAAUUUUUAACA